AUCUACUUCUCGCCACUUUUAAUUGUCACUGAUAGUCUUGAUUUCCGCAUCGGCUCCCACCACGAUACAGGUGAAUUGUGGAGUACGCAGCAAUGAAUACAAUGUCUAAGUUUGAUCCUUUGGAUUUGUGUAAUCAUUUCCAGGAAAGUUCCGGUACUGCUCUUCUUCUCCAUUCUAUCCGACGUGUUGUUUUGACUCCAGCAUUCUCUCCAGCUCGAGUACAAGAACUGGCACCGAUGGUCAAAGAAAACGUGGAUUUAUUACUAAAACGCUUCGAGGGCUUUGCCAAAAAUGGUAGCCCCGUCAACAUUUUCACAAGCACCAAGGCUUUCACCAUGGACAUCAUCUCUAAAAUUGUCUUCGGAAAAGAACUUGGUUGUAUUGAAGACCCGGCUUUCCGAAACCAAUUUAUUGAAUAUCUACACGGCACAUUUGAAAUGGGAUGGCCAGCCACGACUUUCCCAAACUUGACAAGGCUCUCCCUGUCCUUGCCUGAUUGGAUCGCGGAUCGGUUGUUUCCUAUCCCGCUAAUGGAAUUCAAAAAGGUACUCGCCGCAACCAAAUCAAGAUCCAGUUCUACCCACUUUCGCUAACCCUUGUGUCACGCAGAAAUGCAUUAAGCUCAUUGAGAAUUAUCUAAACGAUCGAAAUGUUCCUAUCGUCGAGAAAACUGGAAAACAAGCUAAGAAGAAUGAGUUCAAUCAAUCGGUCGUUAUCGACACGCUUGUUGACCCCUCAACGGCCAAAGACCACAGUGUCUUGAAUGCCAGCGAACUUGCAGAGGAAGUGAUCAUGUUACUAUCGGCUGGAAACGAUACAACCUCAAAUGCCAUGAUUUCUGGUAUCUACCAGAUAUUGAGGAGCCCGGAAGUUUAUAAGAGGCUCAACGAGGAAUUGAUGGUUAAUUUUCCCAUGCUUGAAAAUGAGAUUACUUACGACAGAGCAAAAACGCUUCCCUAUCUCGUGAGUGAGACACGUCGGAAUAGAACUUUAUAACUCUCCUAACUAAUCUGACUAUAGUCGGCGGUGAUCAAAGAGAUUCUUCGAUACAGCAGCCCGCUCCCAGCUCGACUUCCGCGAGUAGUUCCUCCCGAAGGAUAUAAUCUGUAUGGACACCACGUCCCGCCAAGCGUAUGUCUCCUGAAAGACUUCCAAAUUAAACAUAGAGCAAUUCAGCUAAUUGUAUUAUGCAGACUAUUAUGGUCACUUCUUCGUAUUUGCUCAACCGUCACGAAAGUUGUUGGCCAAAUCCAGAUCAGUUUAGCCCUGAGCGUUGGUUGAACAACGACUCGGCACGUCUUGACAAAUACAUGACCAGCUUUUAUCGUGGCACCAGACAAUGUCUUGGUAAGGAAUAA